AUGGCAGGGGCUGAGCUCUCUGUCCCCCCUGAGCAGUUCACCCAAAUCAAAGAACCAGAGUUGAUACCAGACAGGGCCCUGCAGGAGGAGGAGGAAGAGGAAACUGACAAUGAUGGGGUGUGCGGAGUAAAGGAACAGUCGGGCUCUGCGGGUUUGGAGGUGGAGAGUGCUCAAGGGCCCCUCCAGACCACGAUCCUGGAGGAGGUGCCAGAGCUGGUGCUGGCUGCCCCGGAGGAGAGCGAGAGGCACAUCCUGACCCUGCGGACCGUGCACUUCCCCUCGGAAGAGGCUGAACUGCAGGACCUGAGCUGGCUGGAUCCCCAGCAGGAGGACGAAAUGCAGGUGACGGUGAGCCAGGCCGGUGGUGGGGUGCAGUCGCUGGUGUGGCUCGAGGAGGCGGCCCAGCAGAGCCUGCACCAGUGUGUCCUCAAUGUCCAGGAGGAGGUCUACUCGCUGCAGGAGAUGGAGGUGAUGCAAUUUCAGCUUCUGGAGGAGAAUGUGACCAGGGCCGGUGAAGACUGCAAGUCUGCAGUGAACCUGGAAGAAAGCACUGGAUCCGUAAAGGAAGAGGAACAGCGGCUGGCUGAAGGUGGAUUCAGUGAAAAAGCAGAAGAGCAGUUUUUUCUUGUGGAAGCAAGGCCAGGAGAUGAAGGAAGAGAUGAAAUUGUUCUGACAUUUUCAAACUUAAAUAUGGAAGAACAAAAAGAGAAACCUCAACGGGGUCAAGCACACCUUGAAAAACCCAGCACUAUGAAAAAUCAAAAAAAGGCAAAGGAAGUAAAACGAACCUUCCACUGCGACUUCUGCAAGUUCAGCUCUUCUAGAGUUUCGAGUCUCAAUCGUCAUGUGAAAAUUCACAGCACUGAAAAGCCCCACGUGUGUCACCUUUGCCUGAAAGCUUUCCGUACAGUCACCCUCCUCCGGAAUCAUGUCAACACCCACACAGGAACCAGGCCCCACAAGUGUGCUGAUUGUGACAUGGCAUUUGUCACCAGUGGAGAACUCGUCCGGCAUAGACGUUAUAAACACACUCACGAGAAACCCUUUAAAUGCUCCGUGUGCAAGUACGCUAGUGUAGAAGCGAGCAAGUUGAAGCGCCACAUCCGCUCGCACACGGGGGAGCGCCCCUUUCAGUGCUCCCUCUGCAGCUACGCCAGCAAAGACACCUACAAGCUGAAGCGGCACAUGAGAACACAUUCAGGGGAGAAGCCCUAUGAAUGCCACAUCUGCCAUGCCCGCUUCACCCAGAGCGGGACCAUGAAGAUGCACGUCCUGCAGAAGCACAGCGAGAAUGUCCCCAAGUACCAGUGCCCACACUGCGCCACCAUCAUCGCCAGGAAGAGCGACCUGCGUGUCCAUUUGCGCAACCUGCACACGUACGAAACUGCAGAGAUGAAGUGCCGUUACUGCCCUGCUGUGUUCCACGAUCGCUACACCCUUAUCCAGCACCAGAAGACUCACAAAAAUGAGAAGAGAUUCAAGUGUGAAUACUGCAGCUACGCUUGCAAGCAGGAACGUCAUAUGACAGUUCACAUACGUACCCAUACCGGAGAGAAGCCAUUUGUCUGUCUCACCUGCAAUAAAUGUUUCCGACAGCAGCAGCUUCUAAAUGUGCACUUCAAGAAAUACCACGAUACCAAUUUCGUCCCGACUGUUUACGAAUGCCCCAAGUGUGGCAAAGGUUUUUCCCGCUGGAGCAACAUGCACAGACACUCGGAAAAAUGUAACUCUGGGCAGGAAAAGCCGACCACCGUGGAAAAAGAAAGAGCAAUGAAGAGGAAGCCCGCCAACCCAAGAGAGCCAGCCAAGGAAGACGAAGCUACAGCUGAGGAGGUAUCCCUCGUGAAUGGAGAGCUAUACCCAGGAGAGAUGGUGCCCAUUGACUUCUUAGAAGCCAAGACCGGAGGUGAGGACCUGGAGGAGGACCUGACCUGCGACAUGAUCCUGGCCUUGAUGGAUAAGUGA